AGAGGAGCGGGGUUGGGGGCUGCCGCCGCCGGUACCGGGACCCUGACAGGGAUCUGGGCCUGCCGCCGCCGGCAUCAUGGUGAAGGAAACGACGUACUACGACGUGCUGGGCGUGAAGCCCAACGCGUCGGCGGAGGAGCUGAAGAAGGCGUACCGCAAACUGGCGCUGAAGUACCACCCCGACAAGAACCCCAACGAGGGCGAGAAGUUCAAGCAGAUCUCGCAGGCGUAUGAGGUGCUGUCGGACCCCAAGAAGCGGGAGCUGUACGACAAAGGCGGCGAGCAGGCCAUCAAGGAGGGCGGCUCCGGGGGCGGCUUCGGGUCCCCCAUGGACAUCUUCGACAUGUUUUUCGGCGGCGGCGGGAGGAUGCAGAGGGAGAGGCGAGGCAAAAACGUGGUCCAUCAGUUAUCAGUCAGUUUAGAGGAUAUGUAUAAUGGUGCAACGAGGAAACUUGCGCUGCAAAAGAACGUUAUCUGUGACAAAUGUGAAGGCCGUGGCGGUAAGAAAGGUGCGGUGGAGUGCUGUCCAAACUGCAGAGGAACAGGCAUGCAAAUCCGAAUUCACCAGAUCGGGCCAGGCAUGGUGCAGCAAAUCCAGUCCGUGUGCAUGGAGUGCCAGGGGCAUGGGGAGCGCAUCAGCCCCAAGGACCGAUGUAAAAGCUGCACUGGCAGGAAAAUUGUUAGAGAGAAGAAAAUACUAGAAGUUCACAUUGACAAAGGAAUGAAGGAUGGUCAGAAAAUAACAUUCCAUGGUGAAGGGGACCAAGAGCCAGGACUAGAACCAGGGGAUAUUAUUAUUGUCUUGGAUCAAAAAGACCACUCUGUAUUUACAAGACGAGAUGAAGACCUUCUUCUGUCUAUGGAUAUACAGCUGGUUGAAGCACUAUGUGGCUUUCAAAAGCCUAUCACAACGCUGGAUAAUCGAACCAUUAUCAUUACCUCCCAUCCUGGUCAGGUUGUCAAGCAUGGGGCUAUUAAGUGUGUCUUGAAUGAGGGCAUGCCAAUCUAUCGCAGACCAUAUGAGAAAGGACGCCUUAUCAUCGAGUUCAGAGUAAACUUCCCUGAGAGUGGCUUCCUCUCCUCAGAUAAGCUGUCCUUACUUGAAAAACUGCUACCUACGAGGCAGGAAAUAGAAGAAACUGAGGAAAUGGAGCAAGUGGAUUUAGUGGACUUUGAUCCAUCUCAAAAAAGAAAACAUCACUAUAAUGGAGAAGUCUACGAAGAUGAUGAGCACCACCCUAGAGGUGGUGUUCAAUGUCAGACAUCAUAAAAGGGCCAGUGAAUAACUUGUGAUGCUUGUUUUGUAUGCAUUAGUGGAUGAGUGAAGGACUACAAGCGGUUCACCCUCACUUCCUGCUAUUUGUUGUUAUAUCCAGCCAUAGUUGUUUCUUAAAGCAUAAAGAAAUAAACUAAUGAAACGGACUUGGAACUUGUAUAAAGCUCCAGGAUGCAAGCUCAAAUCAAGUUGAUUGCACUUCAACCCUGCCUGUUGAUCCAGAAAACUCCCUCACCUGCUUGUCUUUUAUUUCAAGCCUUGUAAUUCCUGUUAUGUGUGCAAUUGCUGAGGCUUAGACUAAGAUUCUGUGGUGGUCUUUUUUGGUAUUCUAGAUCUUAUACUCUGAUAAAGUAUGCACAAGUACUUAUAAGUCACAGUAAAAUAUAGUUAAUCUUUGUACCUUUUAGGAUAACAUGUUAAUGUUCUGGGCUUGCGCUGGGGAUUAUCGGUAGGGACUCGCUCUAACACGGCCUCAUAACACAUGAAGCUGACAAGGAUGUGGUCAAUCUUCACAAGCCUGUUAAAGCCACAUGAUCCAUAACUCCUCUCAAGUUUCUGCACUUAAGGUCAAGUAGUCUUUAUGCCAGCUUUGGUCUUGACCUUGGAGCUAGAUGUGAAGCUUUGUUCGGUUCAUGCUGGCUGCUCUUUGGCUGCUGUUCUGCAUGAUACUGUGUGUAGAGCCACUGGUUGCUUGGCUGCUGCAGGAGCUUCCUUCACUACUGUGCAUGAGUAAAA